GAAUGUCACGUCGUUAUAUGUAAAACUUUUAUUAUUUUCAGUACACAUAAGCGUCCUCGCUGGUGUAACUGUUGACAAUGAUAAAUGAAUAUCGGUUUAAAAGCUUCAAAUUGUUCACUAAAUAAGUACACAGCAACGAUUUCUCACAAUUGCCAAAUGUUGCGAUCAAAAUGUAUAUAACAGUAUCCAUUACUUCCCACAAUUGUACAUCAUUUUCUUUGCUACAUAUCACAAAUUUGAUUUUUCUAUUACAUAAUUAUCAAUCGUGAAACCCACAACUUUGAAAUUCCUGUUAUUUGUAUAAUUUAUGAUGUUAGGAAAACGUAAUUGACAUCGAUACAAAUUGGUACACUGGAUAGCUAACACGAACGAUAACUUCAAGUCGGUCUGGUGUUAACCGCGCGUACAGUUUUUAGUAUUCGUUUAUCGUUAACUUUCAGCAGUUAAAAUCGCCUAAUGUUAUUAAAAUGUAAUCUUCCAUUGCAAAUUGUUACGUAUGUACAUCUGUCGUCACAUUCUACUGCGAAUUACAGCUCCUCUCGCGAGGAUUUUUAAUUUUAACCUCAACUUGUCAAUCUCUUUGUGAACGAUAAAGCGAGUUGUUCAUACUAAUGUGAAGUGUGUAAUUCAUUAACUGUGUGCGCGUGCUAGUCCGUGGAAAAAGAAGCAGGAUUUCAGCAAUCAGUCAACAGUAGUAAGUGGGUAGAAGAAUACAGAGUGAAAAAGACGGAAAUAAGUAAAAACAAAACGCGGUGCUACUGAUAAUUUAUGAUUGCGUGCAAUUCCAUUACUUUCGUAGGACUUGACAAGAAAACAACGUAGAUCACACUGCAGUCAUAUUCAUAAUGGAUUUUAAAUAAACGCCGACGGACUUGUAAAAAAAGAUUCACGUGGGGGACCUGUUCAGGAUUCGAACUCAGGUUUGGUUUACGCCAAGGGCGCUAUACGCUGCGCCAUCAAGCCCCACUGUUCUCCCUUAUUUUUCCGGGUCCUUUCUCUCACUGGAUUCGCCUAUAGGAGGCGCUCCCAAUAAUCAGUACGAAGAAGAACGUACGAGUGAAACGAUGUUGUAACUAACGGCCAAAAUGGAAGAGCAAAGCGUUCACAGUAGUAUCAGUGAUAUAAAUAGUGAAGAGGCAGUUAGAAGUGACCCUGUGAUUAUACCACGUAAAAAAAGGAUAUGCUUAAUUGGUGCCGCUUGUGAUGAUUCUACACUGGGUGCUGCUGCACAGCAGUUUAGUGUACCUGUUCUUAAAUCAGAAACAGGUUCAGAAUAUAUAGAAGACACAGCAUAUUGUACUUACUUUGUACUGAAACAAUUCGAGGGACCUGAAUACGAUGCUCUCCAUAAAAGUGCCCAUAGAAUAUUGGGACCGACGGCGCUUCUGCAAUUAGCAGAACGAAAGGACUCAUUACCUAGUAUUAAUAGACCAAUGUACACACAAGCUAUGGUAGGCACGGUAGUAGUCUUUACUGGAUUUAGAAAAAAGGAGGAAUUGACCAAGUUGAUCAACAUGAUUCAUAAUAUGGGUGGAAGUAUUAGGAAAGAAAUGGGUGCAAAAGUGACACAUCUCAUUGCUAAUUGUUGCGGUGGAGAUAAGUAUAGAUAUGCUGUUACAUUUCGGGUUCCUAUAAUGUCCAUGGAUUGGGUGACAGCUUUGUGGAAUGCCAAAGACGAUAUUUCCAAUUAUGGAAAUAAUGAAGAUCUGAUCACAACUUAUAAACUAAAGCCAUUCUUUGGUGCAAAAGUAUGUUUCUUUGGAUUCCCUGAUGAAGAGAAACGUCACAUGUGUGAAGUUCUUCAACAACAAGGUGGUGAAUCUACAGAAAUUGAUGAUCCAAAUUGCACGCAUGUGGUAACAGAAAUAGGAUGUCGUGAAUACAAGAAGUCCAACAAUGCAUUUGACAUGCUACCAUAUACUAAAAAUCCUAAUUAUAUUCCAUACCAUUACUCAAAAACAAAACCAUUUUCCUUUACUUUCUACAAUCCAUAUACUAAUACUAUUCCUAACAUGGAAACAAAAAGUUCCUCAUAUAUUUGCAAUACUGAUCACAUAAAUUUGUCAAGAAGAUUGAGUACUAAACGUUUCUCGUAUUGUUUUUCUUCUUCUCUGCCUCAUUAUCUUGAAUAUAAAGAAAAUAAAUUCAAUUACUCAACACCAGAUAAUAUAAGUCAAGAUUCGGCAAUUUGUAUGGAUGAUAAUUUAUAUGAUUAUUCAAAUUUGCCAAAUGAAUUUUCCAAUAUGUCUGAAUCGUCUAUAGCACAAACUGAUUCUGGCAUUGAUAUGUCUAUGUCAAGAUAUUUACACAAUAUAAUACAAUCAAGUAGUUUAACUGUACCACAACGAUCUAACUUUCCUGUAACAUCUACUGUGUUAGAUAUACAUUCUAUGGAUUCAUCUUCAGCAGUUUACAAUGAUAGAAAUUCACGAAAUAAUUCAUCUAAUGUUUUUUCAAAUAAAAAUACUAAUAAUGAAAGUACAUGUACUCGAUCAGAAUUACAUAAUUUCAAGUCUUCUACACUAUGUAAGAAAACAAUUAUUCAACAUACAAACAAACACUGUCCUGAUAGUGAAAGCUAUAUCUUGAAAUCUUGCAAAAAUGUACAGUGUACGCCAAAGUCUUUUUUCGUCAAUCGAAAAAUUGCAACUCCUAGACGAUGCAUAAAAUGGCGAAAAGUUAAGUCUUGUAUUGCGAUUCAUAAGAUAACUUCCUCAGAUAAAUUAAAAUUUAAAAAAAUGCAUUCCCAUCCUAAUUUACUAAAGCGAUAUGAUUCGGAAUUCAAUGAUUCUCUUUUGCACGAUUCGCCCACACUGAUUACAAAAAAUAAAAGUUUUUUAAGUUCAUACAAAUUGAAUUCGUCCCUUUUAUCAAAGCUUAAUCAUUUAAAUUUCUCUAAAUAUGUGCUUCCUGCUCCAUGCCCUCAAGUUUCAGAAAAUCAUCAAAGACAGAAAUAUACUCCUUUACAUACUCCUCUUCCUAUACCUGCAAAGGUAGCAAAAUUAUCAAAUUCUGACCAUGGCUUAAGAAGUACUUUUACAAAUGUUUCCUCUAAAAUUUGUGCUCUGAAAGAUGAUCAUAUAAGACAGGAGAAACAGGAGGACGUACCAGUAUCUUUGGUUGUGGAUGAAUCAAAUGUAAAUGCAUUACCAGAUUUAGCUUCAGUAAGGGCUCAUAUUGUAAAAGCUGAAUGGUUUUGGACAUCUGUUCAAAAUGAGGGUGCAGCUGAUGAGAAGGAGUAUUUAUUUGAAGAUUAUUUGGAAUCUGUUCUGUCACCAACUAUAUCAGCUAGACGAGAUAGUCAACAAACUACAACUCCGAGUACAGCGUCUACAAGACGAAAACGUAAACGUUUAGCAGAAACUUUAUCUAGUUUGGUCCAAAAUGGUGCAGAUUCACCAGCUUUGCAUAAGAGACGAUCCAGUAUCAGUGAUGCAGGACUUUUGAGUGUUAGCGGAAGUUUCCUUGACUGCACAGCAAGCCCAGAUAAACCAUUACUUGAUGAAGUGGAAGCUGUUAACACGGAUAGCUCUAGAAAAAAUUUAUCACCGCGACACCAGGUUUUCUUAGAAUUAGUACAAACAGAGUCAAAUUAUGUUGGCAUUCUCAGUACAAUUAUGACACUGUUCAAGUCACCAUUGGAAGAUCUCAUAGAUACAAGCGGCGAAUUAUUAAAUGGUACCGAAGCUAAAAUUAUAUUUGGCAAUUUUCCACCCAUUUAUGAAGUUCAUAAAAAAAUGUUGGAAGAAUUGAAAUACAGUGCCACACAUUGGAUGGAGGACAUUAGCAUAGGUAAUAUAUUUCUGAAGUUUGCACCUGACCUAGUCAAGGCGUAUCCGUCGUAUGUCAACUUCUUCGAAAAUACAAAGGACAUGCUCGAUCAGUGUGAUCAAACCAAACCACGAUUUCAUGCUUUUCUGAAGGUUUGUCAAACGAAACCUGAAUGUGGUCGACAAAGCUUAAAGGAAUUACUGAUUAAGCCAGUACAAAGGUUACCCAGUAUUAGUUUAUUAUUAAAUGAUAUCCUUAAACAUACGAGUAAAAAUAAUCCAGAUCAUAGCGCAUUGGAGUUGUCGAUUAGCAGUAUUAAAGAAGUUAUGACGUAUAUAAACGAGGAUAAAAGAAAAACUGAGGGUCAAUUAGUUAUGUUUGACAUUUUUAAUGAAAUUGACAACUGUCCACCGCAUUUAGUUUCUUCACAUCGAUCAUUUAUUGGUAAAUGUGAUGUGAUGGAACUUAGUGAGGGUUUAAGCGGGCGUGGUGAUCAUUUAGUUUUGUUCCUGUUUUCCGAUACACUUGAAAUAUGUAAAAAAAGAUCGAAAGCCUUUAACUCAUUAAAGAGUCCUAAUACAGCAAAUGGAUUGCACACAACUAAAUUAAGUCAAGGAAAACCAUAUAAACAUAUCAAGAUGUUAUCACUGAGUACAAUAAAAAAAGUUGUCGAUAUACGAGAAACUGAUGAAUGUCAUAAAGUUUUUGCUUUAAUGGUAAGAAGUAAUCAAGAGUUAAAAGAGAAACUGUUUUCAUUUACAAUUACCGAUGAGGAGGUAAAUAAGACAAACUACCUCCGGACUUUGUGCAGGCAAAUGGCUAAUACAGUAUGCAAAGCUGAUGCGGAUACGUUCCUGAUAAGUCUUGAUUCGCAUCAGCUUGAAAUUGAUACAAGCGACGUAGCAUUAGGAACAUUAAGCAAAGCAUUUAAGAGCCUAUUUCAUAAUUUUUACCUGGAGUAUAUGGACCCGUAUGUGUUCCUACUCAAUAGCAUGUGUGAAACCACGUUACAUGUCCCACUACCGUUUGCGUCUCGCACAAGGAUGAAAGUCGGCAGAGCGUUUAGUUUUAACAAAACCCCAAGCAAAUUGAAAAGAGCAAUGUCAACGAUGAUGUCGCCAUUUGGAUCAACCAAUAGCCUUACUCCAGCAAGUCAACAACUUGCACAGAUGCGGCUUGCUAGUUGCAACAAUAUUAACGAGCUGGGUAAUGGUGGUUCAAGCUCGCCAUCUAGAGAUGAUGUUCUAGUAGCACCCAUGUCGGUUCAACCGACACGAAAGGCCAAAUGCAGUUCCCUCAGUAUGGCUUCAUUAAGAAGAAAUUGUUCAGAGGAAGUCAUGCAGGACAAAUCCGAUCUUUGAAGUACAGGGUAUGAAUAAUGCACAACUAUGUCAUACCUUGUUUCUUUGGUAUCAAUGAAAGGCCUAUAUGGAAAAAUAGAGGGGAUUGGAAACGUUGGUGGGAAGAUGUGUUUUUAUAAUAUAAUCAGGCACAAGAAAAAUGACGUCUGCAAAUUACUAUGAAAAAAUUACAAUUUUCUACUUGCCAUGUGCCAACAGAACCACAUGUGUUUUAUAAAGAAAAUGUACAUUGCCAGUUAUUCUUUAAGAAGCUACAACUAUAUAUGUUAACGAUGUACCGUAUCUAAUACCGUAUCGAUCGUUAAUUUUUAUAUAUAACAUUCAGAUAGUUCAAACUCUUGUCUCAGGAAGACAGAUGGAAUUGGAUUUACAGCUAGGAAAGGACAUUACAUUUCCAGUGCUAUAAUAUAACUUUUAUAGAAAAAGGAAGUAAGAAUAUUAUUAUUGUGCCAUUUAAUUGUAUUGUAUAAGGUACAUGUAGAAUUUAUUAGACUGCUAGAGAGAACUUGUGCUCUGUUAAAGUGAGAAGAUAGAAAUGUGUAACGCUAAUUCAUAAAAUUAAUAUUAACUUUACACUUCUUACUUAAACUUUAAUUCGAUCGCCGCCGUUGAUACUAUUACAGUUUUAAUUCAUGAGUAUAAAUUGCAGUAAUUCACUAUGGCUUCUUCGUUUUCAUUAUUUUUAUUUUUAUUCAGUUUAUUUUGUUUUGAUUUUAAUAUAUUUCAUUUAAUAUAAUAUCACUGGAAAAUGUAGCUCCGUUAAAAGCAGAUAUGUAUUAUAGUGUGUUUAUUUCUUUCUUAUAACUGUGUAAUUGCAUUAGAAUGAGAAUUUUGAAAGGAUUGAAUGAUGAUACAGUGAAAGAAAGUAAGAUUUUGAACACGUUAAUAUCGAUACCUCUUUUAAAUAAUGUACCGUGUAAUAUGAAAUAGUUGCAAAAAGCAAUAGUUUACCCUUACAUUACUGUUACAUUUUUUAGGUCUCCAAUUAUACGCUUAUUGUAAUUGUAGACUUUAUAAAAAUUCACGUUAAAAUAUCCAGUUUGUUGUUUAGAUUACAAACUAUUCUGUUGUCUACACUUUAAAUGGAUUAUGUUUAUAUUCUUGGGAAAUACGAAAUACAUUUCAUUAAUUUGGCGCAGAUCUGAAAUAUUUGUGUAGUCAUUAUACAUUUUUCAAUUAUAUUAAUCGUAUAUGUUAUUUGUAUCGUAAAUCUUAAAAUAUUCAAUUAUUGAAUAUCGUAAACUAUUGUGAGAUUCAUUACAAAUUUCAAAAAGUAUAUUGGUACAAAAUGAAGAUCACUAUUCUCUGUGGUGUAAUCUUUUGGAUGUAAUAAUUGUUUUUUAAGAAACAUAUUAUAAUACUAUUUCUAGAAUUAUAUUUUAUUCAUAGUAUACAAGAAAUUUGUAAAUAUUCCAGCUCAAUGAGCAGUAUAUUAAAUGAACAUAUCAUAAGAUUUGGGAGAUAUUUAUUAUACUAAUAGAUAAAUGAAAAUCAAAUUAUUGCCUGAAGUAUUUUUUUUUUUUUUUUUUUUUAAAUUAAUUAAUUAAUUACGAGAAAUUCUGACAGUUUCUUCUUUUGAUUGGAAAUAAAAUCUCCCUAAAUAUGCCAAUUUUUCUUUCUCUGAACACCAACCAAAAAUGAUAAUUGUGGUAUGACAAAAUUUCUUUCAUUUUUACGUUUUCUUGAUUAUUUUGCAGUUUUCUUGCAAAAAGGUUAAUUAAUUAAUACGAUCUAUUAUUGUCACAAUAGAAACAUUAAGACGUGACACUUUCAGAAUUGAUUAAAAUUUGUGUUUCAGAAAAAAAAGCAUACUUAUCACUUCAUGAAUAUAGAGAUAAGAGAUACAAAACUAUUUUUGCAUAAAAACUAUUCCAAUCAAUACAUUGAAUGAAUAUUUGAUUGAUUGAUUAAUCAUACGGAAUUAAGAGUGAAUAUGUUGAAUAAUUGAGAGCAAAUUAUUUUGUGAGAUGUAAGUGUCAAUUAUAUUUAGUCCUUGUGGAUGUAACAAUAAAUUGUGCUUUUUGCAAUCUGUUCUUCUAGUGUUCAGUAGUCAAUGUAAUUGCUUUUGAUGGUCUCAAUAAAAAGAGAAGAAUCCAUCUAUAAUAUUUAUGUACAUUUGGCACUAUGAUUCAAAUUGAAAGAUUGCAAAAAGAAAUAAAACAAAUUGUUGACUCUUUACAAGGACCAAUUACCGAAAUUCUUGCCUCUUUAACACUUGCACACAAUGCCUAUUUAAAUGAUGUGCCUUUACAUAAAAAGAACCAUUAAAUACAACGAUUUUCUCAAUGUUUUGGUGUGAGAGAAACGAAAAAUCCAUGGAUGAUAUUUUUGUAACUCUUCAUUUAGCACUCGAAGUGCGUGCUUGCGCGUAAUUACGAAUGCUCUGGUAGCACUUCGUAUUUCGAGUAUUAACUUAUGUUAGACUCUUAAGGUUCCAGUGUCACUGUUCCAAUGUUUGAUUUCCAUUAAGCGGUUUUUUAAAGUUUUGGUAAAUCGAACAGCAUCAUUCUAGCACGGCGCAUGGGCAAAUGAAAAAUAUAAGAACACCGUGCAAAAUCGUAGAAAAAUAACUGUUCAUAAAAUCUAUUUGUUACAAUUAAUUAUCAGAAAAUGUCUAGCCGGUGAGGAAAAGGUGUAAUACGUUUUUUCGUUCUAAAUCUUUCGAAAUCUUUUAGAAUAUUAUAAAUAUUGCAAAACAUUGCAGUGAAUUUUAGUUACCGAAUCGGUUGCUGAAUCGUUGAUUUAUUUUUCUGACGUCCAUGGACUGUGAUAGAUAUCCUAAUGUUUUAUAAUAACUGUUACGUGUUUGAUAAAUAGUCAAUAUUUCGACGUUACUGUCGUGGAACCGUUGACAUAACAUUUGGAAUCGUAGAGUUUUACGAACUAGAUGUUCAGCGUUUUCUCCGAUAGGGGCGGGAAAGUACUGUUCAAUUCGGAGUACUGUAUAUAUUACCGAUAAGUACUAUGUAAGUGUAGUAUAGCGCAAAUGAUGUUUUUUACUACACGCGUAAAACUAUUGUAAUACUUGUAAUUCGCGUAUAGUCGUUACUAUUUAUAUGAUACUGUAAUUGAUUGUAUAAAUUUUUUCUUUAUUAUGUAAAUCAAAGAUGAAGCUGCUUUCUUUCUUUCCCCAAGUCUUAAUGUUUUCGUAAAAUUUUCAGUUGUAACCAUAAAAUGUAAUUUACUCAAUUGGGUGGUUAACAAAUUUAAAAAAAUGGUUGUUAUGUCAAAGUAUGUAUCAAGCAGUAAUACAUUUUUAAUUGAAGUAUUCAUCAGAGCAAAGCCAGUGUGAGGCAAAAAAUGGUAUACAACACUGUUCAUAAUCAGAUUUUAUUAAUAAAACAAUUGUCAAUA